UGCUGCACCCCUUUCUCACUCACGCAUGAUAAGAUUGCGCUGCCAACUAGAUGGUUCUCAACCCGGGCAGGAUCCAAGUAGACGACUAGUUUGUACUAACAAUCCGUGACGAUCAGUUCGGUUUUCGGGAAUUCUAAAUCGUAUUGUGUCAUUCGUGAGAUAAGGGAAAUUUUGGAUGGCAUUCUAACCUUGACCCAGAAAGGCGAAAACACAGAAUGGAGCACACGCGUAUGUUGUCCCUAGCAGUGGUAGGCCUGCUUUUGCUGGGAUGUAAUACUCCCCCAACGGAUGGGGCACGAAUUCUUGGCAUAUUACCAUCCGUCGGACGAUCCCAUUACAUCAUUGGUGCUGGUCUUAUGAAAGCACUGCUUGAUGCAGGCCACGAUGUAACGAUCGUGAGUCCGUACGCAAUGAAAGAUGCGCCACCUGACCGUCACCGUGAUGUGCUGCUGCCGGAACUAGCUGCCACGCACGAUGUAUCCGGACCAGAUCUCUUCGAAUACAAGAACGCACCGAAUCUGGUGGUGUUAUAUCUGGUGUACAACGAGUUUGGUCCCUUCUCCUCGAAGGCCUUGCUGGAGCACCCGAAGAUGAUUGGACUGAUGGAGUCCGGCGAACGCUUUGACGCGGUGAUCGUGGAGUCGUUCGCAAGCGAAGUACUCUACGGUUUAGCGGAACACUUUGGUGGCCAACUGUUCGUGUUCGCACCAUUCGGUGCCUCCAUGUGGACGAGCGAGCUUGUCGGUACGCCCUACCCGUACGCGUACAUACCGCACACCUUCCUAAGCUACACGAACGAGAUGUCUUUCUGGCAGCGGUUUGCGAACGCACUGGUCGGUCAUGUUGACAAGCUGUACUACCGGUGUGUGUUUCUUCCCCAGCAAGAAACCAUGUUCCGUCGAUACUUCCCGAAUGCGAAGCUUACCUUCCAGCAAACGCUUGAAAGUGUCCGGUUGGUAUUCGUCAAUCAGCACUUCAGCAUUAGCUAUCCACAUCCGUACGCACCGAAUAUGAUUGAGAUCGGUGGCAUUCAGAUACAACCGCCGAAGAAGCUUCCGACCGAUAUCCAACGCUACCUCGACGAAGCAUCCGACGGUGUGAUCUACUUCUCGAUGGGUUCCAUGCUGAAGGGACGAAACUUCCCGGAAGAUAAGCGUAUCGCCUUUGUGAAUGUGUUCCGCGGGCUGAAGGAAAAAAUUAUCUGGAAGUACGAGAACGAUAGUCUCCCGGACAAACCACCGAACGUGCUGAUCAAAUCGUGGAUGCCACAGAGCGACAUUCUCGCCCAUCCGAAGGUGAAACUGUUUAUCACGCACGGUGGUCUGCUCGGUACGACCGAGGGACUUUACCACGGUGUACCAAUGGUAGGCAUUCCAAUUUACGGUGAUCAGGAGCUUAAUUUGGCCCGUGCCGAACAUGCCGGGUACGGUGUGAAGCUCGCUUACGAAACGCUAAACGAGGAAACGAUCGCAGCCGCCAUUCGGCGGGUGCUUACUGAUGCUUCGUUUACCGAGCGUGCCCAACUCAUCUCCAAACGGUAUCGCGAUCAACCGCUCGGUCCGGCCAAAACAGCGGUCUACUGGGUGGAGUACGUACUGCGUCACGGUGGUGCCCCACAACUGCAAUCCCCAGCCGUACGGUUGUCCUUCAUAGAAUACAAUCUGCUAGACGUAUACGCGGUAAUGGUCGCGAUUGCUUUAUCAGUGCUAAUUGGCAUCGGUGCGGCAUUGAAGGCACUGUUGCGACGGUUAGGAAUUGUCAAACGAGAUGAUAGUCAGCGAAGGAAGAAAAAUCAGUAACAAUAUGAACCGCGAUUACCAAAAACCAACAUAACCCCAAAAAAAAACCAGUUUGACCGUUUUGCCAAAGAUGCCAAAGAAAGCGAUUGAGACGGAAUACAAAAGAACUUACCUACAGGAUAAGAUUGAUGUAUGCAGACUUUACGCUCAUCAGUUUCAGGGCAACGUGCGAUAUGCGGCCAUGAUAUUGAUAAGCGAAAACUUGAUUGAUUGCGUUUGUCAUCGGGGGCAAGCAACGAAUUUUACCACGCGCCGAGAACCUGCUAGUAGAGAUAUACGCAAACUGGUGGGGAAUAGUCAGAUAACAAAGGGUGUGAUAUGUAUUUCACAUAGGUACGUGCGUGUAUGCAGUGGCAUUUGUUGCCUUUUCGAAUCGAAUCGAAUGUGAUUGAACAAAUAUUAAUAAACAUAACAUCGUCUGUAACAAUAAA